CAAGUGUACAAAUAUAACUUGUAAUUCAUCUAUUUAGAAUUCAGUGCUUUGUUAUCUUGCCCAACACAGUUUCGGGAAAACACACCUCAACUCCCACAAAGUGAGAAGAAUGAUUCUUGUGCCCGUGAUGAUACAAACAUAUGCUACGGGGUUGCCCUGUGCUGCAUGCAUGGUCUCAUACAAACCUAUGGCUAACCAAAGUAAACACCAGAGUGACAGAUUUUCCCAGCAUGCCCUGGGUGUGGUGGUGGAGGUGAAUGAGGGGGAAAGAUCUGUCCUGCUGCCCUGUCAGUACUCUGGGUUUAUACCUGAGAAUCCCACAGUGAUGUGGACUCGCAGUGAUCUCCAUCCCAAAUCUGUCCAUGUGAGACAAGACGAAACAGACGAUCUCAGAGGACAAAACCAGCGUUACAGCGGGCGCACAUCAAUGAGACCUGAUGCUCUGGACACUGGAGACUUCAGCCUCACUCUGACAAAACUAACAAAGACUGACAGCAGCAUCUACACCUGCUCCAUCAGUGAUGGGAGAGAAGAACGGAGACUGAGAGAUAUCCAGCUGCAGGUCAAAGGUCAGCCACAAACACCUUGUGUACAGGUCAAAGAUCCUUCACAGAUAUUGAGCUUUAAUCCUAGAAACUGAAGCAAAAAUUGAUCAUUGAGAUUUUUCAUCCAGUUAGUCCUGAUGUAAAUAUUACGCUCAUGUUAGGAACCACUCGAAUAUGUGUGCGUAUCAGUGUGAUGUGUAAAUCAGAGUGUAGCUAGUAACUGUAGUAUUCUUAAGGGUAGGUUUUUUAAAUUUAAGAUUUAACACAUUACAUUUAUCAAAGAUUGUCUACGACAGCUGGUUGCUGACAUGAAUACCUCAAAUAUGUUAUCCUACACCAGAUCAGAUGUUAGAAGUUAUACACACUACAGAAGAGGACAAAUUAUUAGCCCGCCUAUGAAAG